AUGGCUUCUUCCCCCUUUGGGCAAAUUUCUAGCAUAUCGUCUUCAAAUACAGCUUUCAAGCCAGUGUUACCCGGAGCAGGGAAAUCUCAGGAGGCAAUGGAAAAGCCUUUAUUUGGAAAUCCUACUUCAGGGGAAAGGCAGAGUAGCAGUUUUGUCUCUUUCUCUGAAGAAAAUAAACGCAAAGAUGAAACUGAGGCUUUGAGGCCUCCAUUUGCAAGUGCUGAUAGUAGUUUUACCAAUUUUAAUGACGAGGCUGCAAGAGAAGAGCCACAUAAAGGGAUGAAGCGAAAAGAAGAAUCAGGCCGCUCUACGCGCAAACAAGAAUUUGCCUCCUUAGAUGAUACCUCUGCCGAUUUGCAUCCUUCCUCCACGAUAACACCACUUCGCAGGGCUAAGCGAAAUGACAGCACCGACAGCUUUGGUCCACUCUCUCCUAAUGAACAAACCUGCAUUCAGUUGAAGAAUCUUCCUCCACAUCUAAAUACUAAACAGAUUUUGGAAAAAUUCUUUAAGAAGUAUGGGAAAAUUCAGCGGGUGUAUUGUAGGGCUAAUAAAUUGACUGCGGUUAUUCACUUUGCCCACCAAAAAACUGCAGUAAAUGCUAAGAAAGCCGUGAAGAAGCUGCACAAGGAUGUGACUGCGUUUUGGUAUAGAAAGAAAUUUAGUCCAGGUAAGAAAGAAUUGCCAGUCCCUAACAGAGAAAAUCAUCAGGAGGAAAGAAAGGAAAAGCAGACUGAGCAGGAAAGCAGUGUACUUUCCUCCCCUGUACACAAGCCUCUUCUCCGUACAAUUAAGGGAUCUCCUCAAAAGAAAUCUCAGUUUGCAAAGGCUCUUCAGUUUGAUGUUGAUAAUACAGAUGCCCCUGCAACUUCUUCUGACUCUACAGUUCCAUCUCUGCCACCUUCACUUUUGCAUCUUGUGGGGGCUGUGGCAAAAACUCCUGAAGAGAGGUAUUGCCUGCUGGACCAGAGGGACAAAAUCUUGCGACAAACUCGAGUGAAAAGGACAGAACUUGACCAAGCCAAAGUGUUUGUGGGCACAUGUCCGGAUAUGUGCCCUGAAAAGGAGAGAUAUAUGAGGGAGACCCGUAACCAGCUUAGUAUUUUUGAAAUUCUUCCAGGAAGUGACAAGGCUGACCAUGCUGCCGCCAUUAAAGAGUAUAGUCGUUCCUCAGCUGAUCAAGAGGAACCACUCCCCCAUGAACUGCGCCCUUUGCCAGUGCUGUGUAUGACAAUGGACUAUCUUGUAAACUAUAUCAUGGACCAUGGGGAGAACAAUUAUAGAGAUUGGUAUGAUUUUGUGUGGAACCGAACACGAGGAAUUCGAAAGGACAUCACACAACAGCAUUUAUGCGACCCUGUGACUGUGUCUCUAAUGGAAAAGUGUAUGCGAUUUCACAUCCAUUGUGCAUAUGAGCUAUGUGAAGAGCCCAUGUCCUCCUUUGAACCGAAGAUCAACAAUGAGAAUUUGACAAAAUGUCUCCUGAGCCUGAAGGAGAUGUACCAGGACCUGCAUAACCGGGGGGAGACUUGUCCUUGUGAGCCAGAGUUCAGGGGUUACAGUGUCCUCCUCAAUCUAAACAAGGGAGAUAUUCUCAGAGAAGUGCAGCAGUUUAAGGAGUCGGUUCGCAACUCGGCAGAAGUUAAAUUUGCUGUACAGGUCUUUGCUGCAUUCAAUAGCACAAACUACGUUCAUUUCUUCAAACUGGUCCGCUCUGCAUCAUACCUUAACAGCUGCAUAUUGCAUGGAUACUUUAGCCAGAUACGUCGAAGUGCUCUGCAGGUCCUGAAUGUUGCUUAUACUUUUAGUCCCCAGAGGCCCUCUUUAUUUCCAUUAGAAGAGAUUAUGCGGCUUCUGUUAUUCCAAGAUGCAGAUCAGGCUGCAGAAUUCCUCACCGCUUAUGGCUUAAGUGUGUCAGAAGGUUUUGUAGAGCUAAACCGUUCUGCUUUUGCUGAACCCGAGGCUCCCUUACUGCCAAAGAAGAGCACAUUCAUCAGCAACAAAUGUCAUGUUUCUGUGGGUGAGGUGGUAAAUGGAGCCGCACUACCAGCAUUCUCCUUGCACACUCCUGUGUGCAGCUUUGACGCACAGAACAGAUAUGUGGGAUUUUGCAACUCAACCGAAGUAGCAGUUAGGUCUGCACAAGAAUCAACAGCUGUUUCAGAUAAACCAGAGGUUAUAGACUCUGUCCCUGAAGAGAGGUCUAUCAAACGUACAAUUGUGUUUUUACAAGACAACCAGGAAUCUUCGUCUAUUCCUAGUCAGUCAGUGUUCCAGCCCAUAGUGCCACCUGAAGCCCCUCCAUCUCCACCCAAACCAACAUUUACUGACGAGGAUGUUGCUGUUGUGCUUAAUGAUAUUGUGGAAGACACGGUGAGAGAAUUUAGUGUGGAUAUCGGCCAGAUAGGAGCUGCCUACGUUUCUGCUGCUCUUGGAGAGUCUUCAUUGGUCGCUGACAAACUUCUUGCACUUAUGGUCUUGGAUAUGUCAAACACCAUUGCAAAAGAAGAAUUGAAAGCAGAGACCGAGAAAGUGCUAGCGGAAAAACGGAGAAAGGCAGAGGAAGCCAGGCAAAUUCAGGAAAGGGAGCAGUGGCUUUCUGAGAUCAGCCAGUCUGAGUGUAACAAUCUGUUAAAUAUAGUACUUCAGGAAAACAUCCAGAAAAUAUCACAUGAAGAGCUACAGAAAGCCAUACAAAGAGAUCAUAUUGAGCGUAUUAGCCGAUGCUCUCAAUAUGUCAGUAAGAAGUUUGUGGAUCAGUUUAUGGAAAGCGAGCUCGGCGAUCUAGCCAAGGAAACUCUUCAUGAGAUGCAACUCUGCAGGAAAUACUUUCAGAGGUGGCGGGAAAUUAUGGCUUCUCGGAAGAAACUAAGGCGUCAAAUGCGAGGAUUUCCAGCUGCUCCUGGUUUAAUGGGUCAUAAUGGCACACUGAGGGCAUUGAUUCCCAGUGCUAUGCAAAAUUUGCAAAAUCAGCCUAAGGGGAUUGUGGACUUGGGGCAUGCCGGAAAAUUGUUUGUCUCUUUUAUUAGUCCCCAGCAGCGGACAGAACAGAUCCUACACAAAAUGAAAGUGCAGCAUUUCUUUCAAGAGCUGUUAUGUGAUGCUGCAUGGAUGCCGCUGGAAAUACCAUCUUUGAUUGUAAACCGCUUACCUUCAUGGAAGAACUGCAUAUUCUGGAAAGUAGUUCUGGCUCUGCCAGAAACCAGUCAGCCUGAUGACCCUAACAGCAUUCUGUCUAUGUGGUUGAAAGCUAAGUUCUGCUGGGCAGGAGUUCAGCCACCAGAUGCCCAGAAGCAGCAGCUCCAAACAGUGGCACUCUACAACACAUUGGCAUCUCAGGAUGGAUGGCCUGUGUCUAUAAAUGUUUGUGUAAAGGCAGUACAUGGACCUCUUACAGAUUCUGAGCUAGAAGAAGCUGAAUGCAAGAAUGAAUUAUGGGCAACCAACAGCAUUGUGUUUCUUUUACCAUUUACAUUUGAUGAAACUGAGGAGUACUGGAUUUCAGCAAUCUUGCAGCUAAAGCAGCUAUUAAAUUGCAAGCCCUUUAAGCCAGCACCAAGCCUUGCUGUGCUGGUGCCAGGAUCUUCCCCAAAUGAAGAGCAAAAUGUGGAGGAAGAACUUGGUCUUCGGGACCUGGUAUCAUGCGAUCUCAUCUCGGAUUAUAUUGUGCUGUCAAUACCAAAAACUGUGACUAAUCUGAAAGGAACUGAAGUGGUCACUUCUGCUGUACAGUUUUUGCUAUCCAAUUGUCCUCGGUCUCCACCGCUACAUGCACUUCCUUUCCGACAGUUCAUAGAGGAUGGAGUAUACCAUGCAUUCAGUGAUCCUUUCUAUCAUGACAUGUGUAUGCGUAAAAAGUGUAAUAUUCCCUCUCAGGACCCUGCAGCCAUCAUUGAUUUAUAUAACAGCGCUGUUGCCUAUUUGGCAAAGGUGGUUUCAUCAAGCAAACUUCUGGAAUUGUCCUGGCCUAUGACAGAAUUUACAUCUUCAAAGGGCAGCUUUGUUAUGCCACCUAUGGACUGGAACAAUUUAGAGCACCUUGCUUGGCUAAAGAAAGCUGUACUUUCCUUUCAGAUUCCAGAAAUGGACAAGCCUCCAGAGGGAGCUCCUUGUCAUCCUGUUUGUUCCAUGAUUAAAGAUUAUGUAUCUCAGAUCUCCAAGUCUUCAGAGGCUGUUCCUGUGUUGGACUCUGAAGUACAGAUGCUUCUUGGAGAUGUUUGGAAGAAUUGCCUCCAAAACAAUAAAGUUGAAGAGUCAGACUCUGAGCCAUUUGUACAGGAAAUACCUUGGGAUGAUUUAAUAGCUCUAUGCAUCAAUCACAAGUUGAGAGACUGGAAUCCUCCUUUUAGCACACAUUUUAAAGGCUCCUUGGAGGAUCUUUAUGUAUAUUUCUUUGAGAAGGAUUUGGAAAAUUUCAAAUUGCCAGAAUCAUGGCUGAAGGCUUGUCACACCACAGAUAAAGACGUACUGAUGGCCAGUGAGAGUGUUUUAUGCAGAAGGAAGCGUAAAUUGCAGCCAUCUCAAAUGGCACUGGUGUCUCUGACACGUGAGAAAAAUGCACAGAAAGAAGUUGAAAAGGUUAAGUCUAUUCACUCGCAUCUCAGUCAGUUUCUUUUAUCUGAAGAGGAGGGGAAUGAAAGUUCCACAAGCAAAAAGAGGAGCAUCUUACCGCAAUCUCAGUCUCUGGAGUCUUCCUUUGUGGUACAAAACGAAAAUACACAGAAGGAUUUAGACAGUCUGAACUCUCUUCAGUCACGACUGAAUCGUGCGUUGUUAGCUGAGAAACAGGAGAGUGAAAAAUUCAAUGAAAAGCUACAGCACCUGCUUGAGGAGGAACCUCUAGAUAUAUCGCUUAGCCUUCCUCUGUAUCUUCCCAAUACAUCGUUACAAGGGGCUCUAGAAAGUGCUAUUGUAGUCCAUUCUCCACAUAAGCCUUCAACAGACAGCACCCUGCAUUCCAAACCGGAUUCUCUGAUGAGUGGUGCACACUCCCACUCGUCAUCUGUACGAGAUCUCAUAAACAGCCUGCACACAAGUAUACAAAAGUAUAAGAAUGAAGAUAUUGCUUUUAAUUUGCACAUGAGCAACCUGUUUGACGCGGCAGAACUAAGCACCUCUCCAAAAUAAGACUAAAAUCUUGCUAAC